AUAAACUGUUCUAUCUUCAUUCUCUCCUACAGAGCAGAACACAAAAUACGGUGUGAUAUGCUAGCUGGUCAUGAAUCUAUAGGAAUAUCAGUGCAUUCCAAAGCCACAGAGGUUUGACGUCGCAACACCUGGAAAUGUAUGUUACUACAACGACUUGAAAUUGAAGAAGAGUGAUGUGUUCAGGUUUGUCUUUGAGGGUGAUGAUACUGGCAGCUCUCACCGUUCCCAUCAUAGUCCAAAGUCCUGAAAUCUUCACCUUGUCGGUCCCACACGGUCCAAUCACGACCUGGUUGAACUCCUCCGUUUCUUUAUCUUGUGAACUUUCACCUCUCUUCAAUGCGGAGCCAUUGGAGGUGCGCUGGUACAGGGCCAAAGACUUUGACUCAACUGCCUUGUUGUACAAAGAUCGCAAGAUCCACGAGGCCCCUGUGGACCCCCGGUACAGGGGCAGGGUGUCUCUAACUGGGGGGCUGGAGAGAGGGAGCGUGUCCCUGACACUGGAGAGGGUCACACUGGUAGACAGGGGGGAGUAUGUGUGCUAUGUUAGCAGUGAACAGUGGUAUGAAAAGGCCAUUGUACUCCUCACAGUGAAUGUAACAGGUAGUGAACCAGUUCUCUCUGUAGCUAAAGCAAGAGGAGGCGGAGGUCAGGUGAACGUCACCUGUUCAUCAGAGGGCUGGUCACCACAACCUAAACUCACCUGGAGAAACAAAGAGGGGACAGAGAUCAGAUAUGAACAAGUACUCAACACCACUGAUCCUCAGGGCUUGGUGAGUGUCAGUAGCUGGCUGCUGUAUUCUCCAUCAGACUCAGAUUGGCUCUCCUGUACAGUCUCUCUGUCUGGGGAGAGGCGAGAGAGCAGAGUCAUGCCAAGAGCUCCAAUGGAAGGACAUUGGAGCCUUGGUGCCUUCAUGACAUUACUGUUCAUCAAUCUACUAGUAAUCUUCACUCUAAUUGGACUCUACGUCUGGAACAAAAAAACAGGGUUCAUCAGGUUGUCAACGUCAGAGAAAAAUGACAAUGCAGAGGGUGAAACCGAGUCUAAUGAGAGGCCAGCAGAAGAGGCAAAUCUUCUUGAAGGUGUAAAGAAAACUGAUAUGGAAAAAGCAACACAGACAGAAUUUUUCCUGAAAGAAAGUGCUACGCAAACUGCACUGAGAGAAUCAUUCCCAAAAGUGGACAUCACAUUGGACCCACUGACUGCUCACUCUUCGCAAUUUGUGUCUUGCAGUAAAAAGAUGGUUCAUUGUAAAAAAGAAAGAGAUCAAGCUUCCACAACUCACUUUGUCCUUAGUGAGAACAAAUUCAGCUCAGGACAGAUAUACUGGGAAGUGGUGGUGGAUUCAAAGUGUAAACAGCCAUGGUAUGUUGGGGUAACCACCAUUAACAAGGCUAUUGUCCCCUUAAACCCUGGGAAUGGUUUCUGGGUGCUUCGCUAUAAAAAGGGAAACGGUUAUUGUGUCUCUACAGACCCUCCAACACAAUUCUCUGGAAAUGAAAACCUGGAAACACUAGGAGUGUUCUUAGAUUGUGACAGACAGAGUCUUUCCUUUUAUGAUGCUGAUUCAGGAGUACAUCUGUACAGUUUUGCUGACGUGUCAUCUUGCUCUAACACAUUCUUUGCUGCAUUUAGCCCUGGAUUCGACCAAGUUCCCUUCACAAUUAAAUGAUUGUAGAUGACAAAGGUGCAAACUUCCCACAAUAAUAAUCAUGUUGGACAUGUUGGACAUGAAUAAAAAAUCCAAAUCCAAUUUUAUUUGUUACGUGUCGAACACAACAGGUGUGGACUUUACCAUGAUUUUUUUUACUCAUGAGCCCUUUGCCAACAAAGCAGAGUUAAAAAGAAAACAAUUAGCAAAGAAAAUAAUGAAAUAUUUACAUAGUAAAACAACAAUAAUGAGACUAUAUACAAGAAGUACCGGUAUCGAGUCAAUGUGCAGGAGUUUAGGUAAUUGAGGUAAUACAGUGUACAUGUAUAUAUGUAAUACAGUGUACAUGUAUAUAUGUACAUGUAGGCCGGGGUAAAAAUUACUAGGCAAUCAGGAUAAAUGAACAUAGUAGCAGCAGUAUAUUUGAUACCUCUCAAGCUUAGCCUUUUGUUAACAACACUGUCAUCUCAGAUUUUCAAAAUAUGCUUCUCAACCAUAGCAAAACAAGCAUUUGUGUAACAGUAUUGAUAGCUAGCAUAGCAUUUAGCGUUAGCAUUCAGCAGGCAACAUUUUCACAAAAAACAGAAAAGCAUUCAAAUAACAUCAUUUACAUUUGAAGAACUUCGGAUGUUUUCAAUGGGGAGACUCUCAGUUAGAUAGCAAAUGUUCAGUUUUUCCUGAAAGAUUAUUUGUUUAGGAGAAAUCGCUCCGUUUUGUUCAUCACGUUUAGCUACGAAAAAAACCUGUAUCCAGGAGUGUAAUCCUAUUCGCAAGCUCAUUAGCAUAACACAACGUUAACUAUUCAUGAAAAUCGCAAAUGAAAUGAAAUCAAUAUGCUAGCUCUCAAGCUUAGCCUUUUGUUAACAACACUGUCAUCUCAGAUUUUCAAAAUAUGCUUCUCAACCAUAGCAAAACAAGCAUUUGUGUAACAGUAUUGAUACCUAGCGUAGCAUUUAGCGUAGCAUUUAGCGUUAGCAUUCAGCAGGCAACAUUUUCACAAAAACCAGAAAAGCAUUCCAAAAAAAUUAUUUACCUUUGAAGAACUUCGGAUGUUUUCAAUGAGGAGACUCUCAGUUAGAUAGCAAAUGUUCAGUUUGUCCCAAAAUAUUCUUUGUAUAGGAGAAAUUGCUCCGUUUGGAACAUCACGUUUGGCUACCAAAAAAAAACGAAAAUUCAGUCAUCAAAACGCCAAACUUUUUUCCAAAUUAACUCCAUAAUAUCGACUGAAACAUGGCAAACGUUGUUUAGAAUCAAUCCUCAAGGUGUUUUUCACUUAUCUCUUCGAUGAUAUAUCGUUCGUGGAAGUGUGCUUUCCCCUCUGAAUCCCUUGGGAAAAUGCCUGCAGCUGAAGAUUACGCACCAAUUUAGACAAAGGACACCGGGCGGACACCUGGUAAAUGUAGUCUCUUAUGGCCAAUCUUCCAAUGAUAUGCCUACAAACACGUCACAAUGCUGCAGACAUCUUGGGGAAACGACAGAAAGGGCAGGCUCAUUCCUGGCACAUUCACAGCCAUAUAAGGAGACAAUGGAAAACAGAGCCUCAAAAAUUCUGCUCAUUUCCUGUUUGAAGUUUCAUCUUGGUUUCGCCUGUAGCAUCAGUUCUGUGGCACUCACAGAUAAUAUCUUUGCAGUUUUGGAAACGUCAGAGUGUUUUCUUUCCAAAGCUGUCAAUUAUAUUCAUAGUCGAGCAUUUUUUUGUGACAAAAUAUUGCGCUUAAAACGGGUACGUUUUUUUAAUCCAAUAAUGAAAUAGCGCCCCCAUAGGUUGAAGAGGUUAAAGCUCUCGUGAAGGCCGUGAGGCCGAUACGUAAAGCUUAUUAAAGACCAGUGAUACUAGCUAGAGCAGUGUGCGGGUCUUUCUUUUUCUUCUCUACUUGUUUGUAUUGACAUAGUGUUCUUAUUCUGUUUUUUCACUUUAUUUUUUAUUGAACAUUUCAUAAAUAUUGUGCUGUUUGAAAGGAGAGCUUGUAAAUAAGCAUUCUGUUGUGCUGUGUACAUUACGCUGUAUCGUGUGCACAUUAAAAAAUUUACUUUGAUAUGAUUUGAUUUCACAACAAUGUAUAGUGUUCUACAUGCAGUAAGAUUAUUGAUGUAAAAUAAAGUGUCUGUCUACAAAAUUAUUCAAUUCUGAAUGGUUGACAUUGUGUACAUAAAACAUUCGUUAAACAUCCUGAUAUUGCAUACAGUAAUGACUUUAUAAAAACCACAGUGCUGUUGCCAUAGUCUACAGGUACACAUUGACUUUGAAGAUACUGCAAAUUGUGGACAUAAUUUUACAGGUCAGCUGACACAACAAACUUUGAAAAAAUCCAGAGCAACACCUCAACUCAUUAGUCUAUUGUUUGAUGAUGGCCAAACAGCUUUAAAACAUUUGUUAUAUACUUGUUUCCUUGUGAAUGAUUAAAUAAGCAUA